AUGCGGAAACCGUCCAUACCCGAGUUGAUCUACCAAAGAACGUUCCCCAAGCCCAAGCAAGGGGAUCCAAGUUCCUUCUAUGCAUUCGUCCACCGUCACAUUGUGGCAGAGAUCCGAACAGAGGUACAGACAUACUAUGGGGCUCUGGACACACUAGAAGCACAAUAUCCAGGUCUUGACUACACCUAUCUUCCGCACCGCCGCCGGCUGUCGAGACACACUUGGCAUAGGAGGCUGUUCCGUGUGUUUGAUGAUUUGGGGUUGACCAAUGAUGAGAUUCUGAGUCUGUGUCAAUGGGAAGGGACAAGAGCGGCCAAAGAAAGAUACGAGCGGGAGGCACAAACGGAAGUCAAGACUACGACCGGCAACGACCUCCCUACAACGACCCGCGGAUCCGGUCCCAGGGCGGUGUGGGAGGAUUGGAGUCGUUCAGCCCCGGGCCCAGCAUCACCGGCUUACACCGCGAUUCCUGAAGCCGACGAGGUCGAAGACACAGAUAUGCCCGAACCUCAGCAGCCCACCGAUGACCAGUCAGGAAGUUCAGAGUAUGACAUUGUCGGCCUGGUCCGGGAUGCCAUGCAAGAACGAUUAACUGGGACCUCACUGGCAAUUAGUGAAGAAUGGGAGCAGUGGCUGAAAGAUGCACUUGAGCGGCACACCGUUGACGUCGAUGUUAUCCUGGCCGCUGUUCAAGAGUUGGAGCCUCAAGUACUCGGUACUGUAUCCGACCACACAGGAGAUCUCGACUUCACACCUGCAACAACCCCUUCACUGUCAUCUCCACCUACAGCACAGUCUUCCCACGGUCACAUUUAUGACGAGCCCCACGACAUUCUUAAUGAUCCCGACACCAUGAAUGCCCAUCUGGCAGUCCUUAACAGUGCGCCUCUGUCUUUGUCAAGAUCACAGACCGAAGCAGCAAGGUAG